GUAUUGAGCAAAUGACCUUUUGCAUAUCUCUCACUGCUCCUCUGAUAUCAUGCAGGAAGUCGGGGAGCAUGGAGGUGAAGAACUCAAGCGGCAGCCCCUCGGGCUUCAUCCUUCUGGGCCUCUCCUCUAACCCUCAGCUGCAGAAACCUCUCUUUGCUAUCUUCCUCAUCAUGUACCUGGUCACCUUGGUGGGGAAUGUGCUCAUCAUCCUAGCCAUCCACUCGGACUCCAGGCUCCACACCCCAAUGUACUUUUUCCUAAGCAACUUAUCCUUCAUGGAUAUCUGCUUCACAACGGUUAUUGUACCCAAGAUGCUGGCAAAUUUGCUAUCAGAGACAAAGACUAUCUCCUACGUGGGUUGCCUAACCCAAAUGUACUUCUUCAUGGCCUUCGGGAACACGGACAGCUACUUGCUGGCCUCCAUGGCAAUAGAUCGACUGGUGGCCAUCUGCAACCCCUUCCGUUAUGAUGUAGUCAUGAACUCAAAGCGUUGCCUUCUCAUGUUACUGGGUUCUUGCACCAUAUCCCACCUACACGCCUUGCUCCGGGUGCUGCUCAUGUCUCGCCUGUCUUUCUGUGCCUCCCACGUCAUUAAGCACUUUUUUUGUGACACACAGCCUGUGUUAAAGCUGUCUUGCUCUGACACCUCCUCUAGCCAGAUUGUAGUCAUGACUGAAACCCUAGCUGUCAUUGUGACCCCUUUCCUGUGCACCGUCUUCUCCUACUUUCGGAUUAUCAUCACUGUGCUCAGAAUCCCUUCUGCAGCUGGAAAAUGGAAGGCCUUCUCUACUUGUGGCUCCCACCUCACUGUGGUGUCCCUGUUCUACGGGAGUAUCAUCUAUGUCUAUUUUAGGCCCUUGUCCAUGUACUCAGUAGUGAAGGACCGAGUAGCCACCGUUGUGUACACGGUGGUGACCCCCAUGCUGAACCCUUUCAUCUACAGUCUGCGGAACAAAGACAUGAAGAGAGGUUUGGGGAAAUUGAGGAACCGAAUUUACUCAUAG